GUAAACUCCCGGCGCGCCGAGUGCAGGCUGGGUUUUGAAGUACCGCGUGGGGAGGGAGCCCUAGAAUUUUGGCUUAGUGACUACGGUGUGAGGGCACGUCGGUAGGCACUUCACGGCUGGUUAUGUAGGUGAUUUAUGGCAUGUGAAGAUGAUAGGUUAGUACCCUUGCAGACCUCUGGGCUUGAUUUAACUCAGCUGAAGACUGGGUGCCCUAAAGCAGAGGAGGGGUCAAGGUCCUGGGAGCUGUUCCUUCAUCCAAAUGUCAAUUAAAGUAAGAGUGGAGGAGUUUGAAUAGAUAGUAGAAGGCCAACAAGGAAACCUUCAACGUCUUCUGUGGAACGAGUUGCUCUGGAGACCCAAGUUCUCAGGAGUUAUAAAUUGAGGAUACCUCUUUGCGAAGGAGGCCAGAUGUCUAAGAAGAAAUAUGGGAUAUGCCGAUGCUUCCUGCCUAAAAAGAGCUUUCACACUUGUGGAAUCAGAAUGUGUCACCAAAUACCACCAAACUCCAUGAGGACAGAAGCUCCGUCUGGUUGUUGAUUCAUAUCCUUUAGUAAACUGAUAAAUGUAUGAUUUAAAUCUGGAUGAAAUAAGAGCUUUGACGUUUCAGAGAGUGAAGUUUGUCAUGGGUCUACCUGUGUUAAAACGUGCGAUUCAGGACCAGGCAGAGAAAACGAAGAAUUUUGUCAGUCGAAGCCUGGUCAUAGGAGAAGUCCUCUCCAUAGCAGACAUGGCCACAGGAGUAAAGUGUGGAAUAAUUUAUUGGCUAUUUGGUGGUGCAGUCAGGAACCUUGGAAGCCCAGGACAUGUCACUAAGUGGCUUCAGCCCCUCCAGGAGCAGAAAUACACUGGGAUGUUUGCAAUGACCGAGAGGGGCCAUGGGAGCAAUGUGAGAGGGAUCCAGACUGAAGCCACCUUUGACCUCUCAGCGCAGGAGUUUGUGAUCGACACGCCAUGUGAAAAUGCUGAGAAGAUGUACAUUGGAAAUGCGAUGUAUGGGAAUUACGCCGCUGUCUUUGCUCAGCUCAUCAUAAACGGAAGAUCGCAAGGGCCCCACUGUUUCAUUGUUCCUGUUCGUGAUGAGAAUGGAAGCUUGUACCCUGGAGUGACAGCUAUUGAUAUGAUGUACAAGGAAGGUCUGCAUGGUGUGGAUAAUGGGAUUUUAAUAUUUCACAAGGUUCGGAUACCAAGGGAGAACCUGCUGGAUAAGUUUGGUUCUGUGGCUCCAGAUGGACAGUACCACUCUCCUAUUAAGAACAAGAGCGCAAGAUUUAAUGCGAUGCUGGCAGCACUGACCCCUUCGAGAUUAGCUGUGACUUUCCAAGCUCUGGGUGCCAUGAAGCUUGGGUUGACGAUAGCCAUUCGCUACAGCCACAGCCGGAGGCAGUUUGGGCCUAAGGCCAAGGAAGAAGUAAAGAUCAUUGAGCACCAAACACAGACCCUUCGGCUGAUGCCUCAUCUGGCCACAGCCUUGGCCUUGACCUUCGUCAGCAGGUAUGCAGGAUUCCUCCUGGACGAGGACAUCUUCCAUGGGAAGGAGUUUGUGGACAGUCGCCCGCUGCAGGCGCUGGUGGCAGGGCUGAAGGCCUACAGCACCUGGGAGAACGUCAGCUGCCUGCAGGACUGCCGCGAGUGCACAGGAGGCAUGGGUUACAUGAUGGAAAACCGAAUCUCAGGCCUAAAAUGCGACACAGAUGUGUUUGUGACUUUUGAAGGUGACAAUGUUGUUAUGCUGCAGGUUGUGGUGCGGGCACUGCUGGCUCAGUACAGCAAACAGCAUAAAGAGAAGCCACUGGUCAGCUGCCUCCGAAACUGGGCGGAAUCUGGGAGGGACAAGCUGAGAACCAGCUUCCUGGCAUUUAACAUGGACACAGUCGAUAAUCUCGCCUUUCUAUUGAAAGCAGUGAAUUUUCGUGAAAGAGUUCUUCAGCGGAGUUUGGUGGCCAGAAUUUAUUAUAAGGUGAUGACCAAGAAAGAGGACUUUUUCAGUGCCUGGAACGCGUGUCUUCAUCACAUUGCCUGCCUGUCUCUGGCACACAUCCACAGAGUUACGUUAGAACAGUUCUGCCUGGCGGUGAGGAGCUGUCCUGGCCGAGAGGACCAGGCCUUGUUCAUGAAGUUUUGUCUGUUAUAUGGAACCAAGCUGGUGUUCCAGGAGCGAGCCUGGUAUCUAGAACAUAAAUAUUUGACUCCCAUGGCCAGCAUGAAGAUUAGGAAUCAGUUGCUGGAUUUGUGCGACUCGGUGAAGGAUGAUGCCCUGAGGGUGAUCUCUGCCUUUAACAUUCCACACACCUCCCUCCACGCACCAAUCGCAGGAAUCACCAAUGCGCAGGCCGCCUGGGCCUUCUACCCGGCACCGCUGCAACCCGAGCCCCGAGAAGGGGCGCGCUUUCAGCCGCCCAAGCUGGGAGCCAAGUUAUAGCGGGCGUGGUGCGAAGGGUGGUGGCUCGCUCGCAGCUGCCACGACACUAGCUUCUCUGACGCCUGAACUGGGGCCAAGGCCGACCUGGCAUGCGCUGGGCCUCGGCCCUCGGGGAUUUGGGGCGCAGAACAGGGUAGGCUGGCGAGGUGCGAUGGGCUGUUGGGAUAGGGAGCCCGGCGGCAGCCCGGAACACGGGGCUUUAUUAUGUAACCCCGCCGGCCGGCAGCACCCUCUCCCAGCUUCCGCGCCCGACCUCCCUAGACACUGGUCUCCGCUGUGAAUGCGCCCCACAGCAAGCUGCCGCCAAAGAUCUCUCGCGGUCAGCGGCGACUCAGAUUUACAGUGAUUUUGAAAACGCGAUGGCGUUGCGUGAAAAAAAAAAUCAAAACAUAAAAAUCAAACACUCGCGGGCAAAGUUUCAGUUCAGCAAGCGAUUCUUCUCCUGUGAAUCAGACCCUCUUGGGGUCUCAGAGAAAACGCACAGAUUGGGAAAGGGGAGUUUGCGCCUGGAGUUUGGCUCUGGGCACAGCGCGAACCCCGGCUUGACCUCCCAGGCAGGCGGCUUCCGGACCUUAAGACAACGCACGGAAAAUAUUUUUACCAUAUGAAAUUGUAAUCUGUUCUUUAGAGAAGCAUAGAUAACAAAGUUUAAUAAAGACAUUAAUUGAUGGGAAGGCGCUCGGGCUCCUUGCCGGGGAUGGGGAGGCGGGCUAGAACAGUACACCGCAGUAAGAAAAGAUUCAGGAACUCUGGAGAGACCACACCCGCAACGCCUCUGGUCCCGGGCAAGGGCCGUAGAUUUCCCAUCCCAUGUCUCAGAUCCCGAUUGCCCCACUUCUUUUUUUUGCUCCUUUCCCUCAGCCCCAGCCGUCCUUCUUACUCCCUCUCCACAUCUCGUGGCAGAGGCGGGAGCGACCAUAGCUCUGCUUCUGUCCGCGGGGGCGACACACAGGACCGGAGCAGAGACCUAACGCCCAUCUGCACUUCCCACACUACCCCUUUCCUGGGCUGUGGCCCAGUUUCCAGAGGACCUUCGGACCCUGCGGGAGAGGGCAGGAAGGGCUAGAGGUCACCGGGAGCGGAGAGCUCAGCCAAAGCUCCCCAGCACAGUCUGAAUUGCAUGACUCCCGAGCGGACCUCCUCUUUGUGCCCCAAAACAAGAGUGCUUAACCGGUUGCUUUCCCUGACGCCUCUGUUUUUUAAAAGUGUCCACAGGGUCGCUAAAGCAGACGACGCGGGGGCGGCGGAGCUGCACAGGACCAGAGGACAACCACUGGGGCUUGCUUCUGCGUCGUUCUUUUCCUGUCCCUGUCUGCAUCGCCCAACCCCACCGAGAGCUCGGAACACUGGGGCGGGUUUAAGGCGCCCAGCGGGCGCAGCUCUGUUGUUUUCCCGCACGGGCUUAGAGUUCGCCCAUGGCCACCACCUGAGGUCUAGGGCAGCGGCUCCAAGCCACCGUCAGGGUAGACAUCCGGCCUCUGCGUCCACUUCGCCGAGUCCACGCCCUUGUCCUUUCCCUCCUGUAACGAAAUCCCAGGACGGAACCCGGCGUGCUCCUUGAGUCCCCCCAGGAACCCCUGGCCUCCUACACUUCGCUCAGGACUCGCCAGGUGAUGGCUGAGAAUUGUUUAACCGGGGCCUGUUAUGUCUUCCUGACGUUCCAUAUCUGCUUAUGCAGUGUGAAACACGGACCGAGGUGGCCAGCAGCGGGAUAACUCCUGACUGAUUUGCUCCUCUGCAACUGAGGACCCUUCCUUCUUGGUUCGGGGAGGGAGGCGCUUUAGGGGAUCCAUAAAUUGGGUUUCGUUAUUCCAUCUAACCACUUCCCAGUGGCAGAAUGUUCCAUCUCCCGACCGACCUCGCCCCAACUCCCUGGCUGCGGCUGUCUCCUAGCCGGGGAGUGCAGGAAGGGGUAAGGGUGGGGACUCCGGACCCACUUAGAAACACAUGAGGGUGCCGACCCAGAAGAACACCCGUCCUCCGAGCAGGCGGGCACCAAGGAGAAAGGGGGUGGGGGGCGCAGGAAGAAGGAAGGGCCCUCCCCACACCACUCCCGGUGCGCUCCGCCUUCCCUGGCCUCAGCGCGCCUCGCGGGCGGUUCUCUGAAAGCCUAACCGAUCUCUAGGAUCCCGACCCAGCGAAGGUACCAUCCUCUCUCCCACCUGAAGGCCGAGAUUCCUCUAGGUCUUUUUUUCUUUUUCUUUUUUUUUUUCUUAAAAGGAUUUUUUUCGAGUUCUUUUUUCAUUUCCCUAUUUUACCUGCUCCGCGGGCAGUCCCUUCCUGCCUCGCACCGGGGCUGCGGAACAGACGCCUCCGGAGACCCACUUCUUGCCAUUUUCUUCACUCUUCCCACUGAGGGCUCUGCCGCUUACCCGAGGCUCGGCGCGGGGAAAAAGCUAGGUGCCCCUGCCAAGUGGCAUGCGGAGGGCGCGCCCAAGACUACCGCGUGAGGUGAGGGCGAGGAAGAUGAGCAGCCCUGCCCAUCGGGGUCUCAGCCAGUACCCCAGACUCUGGGAGAGAGGAGUCCGACACUCACUGCCCAACAUGGGACCCGAGAGUUCUUGAGGAUCAGCCCACACUCCUCACGCCUGCCCCAGAGCCGCUGAGAAAUUCCCGAAGCCGAUCAAGGGCUCAGGGGCGCCUCCUGAGGCUUUCCGCAGGCGGCGGCUGCCCGCCCGGGUCCAGUGUGCCCGGAGCGCCCCCUCUGUUCCACGCACACGCAGUGGCCCCUGCUGGAUAGGGGAGAGGCAACGGUACCCUUUGGGGAGGGAGGGAGAAUGGGUGCGCGCAAGCCACCAGCAGCACUAGCCACUCGGGUAAACACUCUCGGCUGGGGCAGGGCCGGCAGCGCGCGCGGGGGAACCCGGCCGGGCCACCCCCGCCUUUACCUGUUGGAGCCUGAAAGCGCCAGCGGCUGAGGCUGCGGCGCGGCGGGGCGGGGCGUGUUUGCUCGCGCGCCGGGGCGGGACUUAGAGGGGGCGGAGCUCGCGGUGAUUGGGUGAGGACCCUGGGCCGCCAGUCUGAGCUGAGCCGCAGGGCUGUGCAGGUUUCACUUCGCUCCGCGCAGCCUCCAGGUUUAGGUCUUGUGAAAGCGCUCUGUCCUGCGUCGCCGUCGCCGCCAACACUGCCACCGGAUUCUCACAGUCACCCUGCGCGCCCCAGCCCAACUGCGGCCAGCAUCGCCGCGGGCUGCUCGCUUCGCCCCGCUCCCGCCGCCACCCCCUCGGCGCCCUUUCCCUGGCCCUCGUCCCCCCAAUGUCUGACUCUGACUCUCGGACUGAGAAACGCAAG